AUCGCUGUCGUCGUUCUCCUCUCGGCCUUCUACUGCUAUCACGUGUUUCGCCAGCAGAAUCUCAAAGCGCCCAAGACCAAAGGCAUCGACAGCGAGACCUGCGCGAUUAUCAUGAGCGUCGACGACCGAUCCGACAGCAGCUCGGCCAACGCCAACAGCUUGAACCACAACACCGAGCUGCUCCCGAUCCAGCUGGACGUUAUUGUGGGGAAAGGCCGCUUCGCUGAAGUCUACAGAGCCAAACUCAAGCAGGGAGCGACGGACGAAUCCUUCCAGACGGUCGCGGUGAAGAUAUUCCCGUACGACGAAUACGCCUCGUGGAAAACCGAGUGGGAGAUUUUCUCCGACGCCGAGCUUCGGCACGAAAACGUGCUGCAGUUUCUGACCGCCGAGGACCGGAAGGCCGAGCGAUGCUAUUGGUUGAUAACAGCCUAUCACGAGCGAGGAAACCUGCAGGAGUUCCUGACGCAGCACGUGAUUGGCUGGGAC